GUGGAUAUAUAUAGUUAAAUUCACAUAUCAAUACUAUGCUAAGCUAAUUUGUAAUACCAUGGCUAACCAAACUCAUCAGCUUCACUUUCUUCUUGCUCCUCUAAUGUCUCAAAGUCAUCUAAUCCCUUUCACAGACAUGGCCAAGCUUCUAGCGCAACGUGGUCUAAUAGUUACAAUUAUUAUGACACCUAUAAAUGCAGAUAGAUACAGUAAAAUCAUCGAACUUGCAAAAAAUUCGAACCUAAGAAUCCAAUUUUUAACGCUUCAAUUUCUUGGGAAAGAAGUUGGAUUGCCUGAAGGAUGUGAAAACAUGGAUUCCAUUCCUUCGCAGAAUCUCAUAAUACCCUUUUUUGAAGCAUGUAAUAAGAUGGAAGGAGGAGUAGAAAGUUGGCUGAAGGAUUUGGAUUUGGAAUCAAGGCCAGAUUGUAUCAUUUCUGAUAUGUGUUUGCCUUGGACUGUAAAUCUUGCAGCUACAUUUAAGAUUCCAAGAAUUGUAUUCCAUGUCAUUUCUUGUUUUGCUCUUCUUUGCAGUUAUUAUCAGAAUACUGAUUCGGAUACAAUUGUUCCUGACGUUCUUGACAAUCUUGGAAUUUCCAAAGCAAAGAUACCCGAAGUUCUGAAUGAAAAUCCAGGUGUGAUUGCUCAGUUUCAGGAAUCUGAGAAAUGUUCAGAAGGUCUGGUAGUGAAUUCUUUUGAAGAAUUAGAAUUAGCUUUCGUAAAAGUAUAUGAAAAGGUACUGGAGAGGAAGAUUUGGUGCAUCGGACCGCUAUUUCUUGGCAACCAAACAAGCUCAGCAGGUGUUAGUACUGCCUCCAUGGAUAAGCAUGAGUGUCUAAAAUGGCUCGACUCAAAGAAAGAAAGUUCCGUAUUAUAUGUUUGUUUUGGUAGCCUUUGGCGCUUGUCACCCAAGCAACUAAUAGAGCUAGCGUCAGGGUUAGAAGCAUCUAACCAUUCUUUCAUCUGGAUACUAAGAGGAGGAAAUGAAUCAGAAGAAGUUGAAAAAUGGGUAGAAGAAGAGAAAUUUGAAGAGAAAGUUAAAGGAAGAGGACUGAUUAUUCGCGGAUGGGCGCCUCAAGUUUCCAUAUUAUCACAUCCAGCAACUGGAGGGUUUCUAACACACUGUGGUUGGAACUCAACACUUGAAGGAGUUUCUGCUGGUUUAGCAAUGAUAACUUGGCCCAUGUUUGCUGAGCAAUUUCACAAUGCUAAGAUGAUAAAUGAAGUGUUGAAGACUGGUGUCAAAAUUAAUGGAGUUGAGGAAGAGAAUCAUCUUCUGGUGAAGAAUGAGGAUGUAAAGAUUGCCAUAGAGCAACUAAUGGGAGAUGGAGAAGAAGGUAAAGAUAGAAGAAGAAGAGCCAAAGAGCUUGGAAAAAUGGCAAAGAACACAGUUGAAGAAGGCGGAUCUUCUUACUCGAAUAUUACUCACUUGAUUCAAUAUGUCAGGGAACAUGUUACUCCUAACUAAUCAAUCAUGUUAGUUAAAUAUAUAUAUAUAUAUAUAUAUAUUUAGCUCCCUUUCUUUCUUUUUCUUUUUCCAUAUAAUUUCAUCUAAUUCUUUUUUUGAGAAAUAAUUAACUUGUGGCCUGUUGAUGUUUGAUUGUGUUUAACUUUGUG